AUGGACAUCGACCCGUACAACGUGCUACAGGUCGACAAGGAGGCGACGCCCCUUGCUAUCAAAAAAGCUUACAAGAAGCUAUCGCUAAAAUUCCACCCUGACAAAAUCCAACAAGUGAACCUGGAUGUGGACAAGACGGUAUUUCCCCAGAUCCAGUUCGCCUACAGCAUUUUAUCUGAUCCAGCCAAGCGCAGUCGAUAUGAUACAACGGGACUGUUGGGAUAUUCAGGAGAAGAAGAUGUUUUCGACUGGAAAGACUAUUUUGCCCUGAUGACGGAAAAGAUCACCAUAGACAUGAUCGAGGAGGACAGGGCCAAGUACCAGGGUUCUGAUGAGGAGAAGGAGGACAUUUUGCAUAAUUUCGCCUACUACGAGGGUGAUUUUCUCCGGCUUUUCGAGGUGAUUCCGCAUUUGGAGUUUGACGAGGCUCAGGAGAGCAGGGUGUUUGAUAUUGUGGAUGAAGCUUUGGUUUCAGGCGCCAUCGACAUGGACAAGAAUAUGCAAAAGACGUGGGACAAGUACAAGAAGCUGCGAAAGACGAAGGUCAAGCAGAUGUUGAAGAAGUUGGCGAAGGAGGCCAAGCAGGCGGAGGAGAUGUCGAAGAAGAUCACGAAAAAGCCAUUGAAGACCGAGGGAGACCUUGCUGCGCUUAUUCAGAGGAAAAACGCUGGAAAAUUGGAUGAUUUGAUCAGCAAUCUCGAAGCCAAGUAUGGCAAGUCCAAGGGCAAGAAGCGCCAGGCGCCAGACCUUGAUGAUGAGGAGUUUGAGCGUAUCCAGAAGUCGAUGAAGAAGAAGCGUUAA